AUUGCAUUCCCCCACCACCCCACCGUCCCCAGUCCCACCUUCAUCACCACCACCUCCCUCCCUCUCCCCGCACCCAACACCCACUCACAAUGUCCCUCCAACCCCUCCUCUACAAGCAAUACUGUGCGAUCAUCGCGCGGUGGCCGAUCGACCCAUUGCGUCCCAGCCUGAACUUCUCAACAGCGCUGCGCGCCCGCGUCACGCACUACUUCGGCACGCACGCGGACCCGGACUCCACCCUGCCGUCGCAGAAUACCAAUGCGGUCACUGCGCCGUCAACUCCGCACCCGCAAGCGGAGAAGUUCGAUGCCGUCACCGUAAAGCGCGAGAUAAACGCCCUUGCGGGAUUGCUCGAGGAUCGGUUUAUGAAGCAGUACCCGCUCGCUGAGAAUAUGCUGAAGCCGAAGGGGAAUCCGGACUACUACGACAAGCUCAUGCGGGAGCUCGAUGCAGCUCCUGAAAGGAGCUGGUUAGGCACUAAGAUGAACGCUUGGAAGGGGUGGAUUCGGGUGGAGUAAAGGGAUGCCCUUCAAUCAGACAUUUGUGUUGGCGUGCCCGGGCGGUGUAGGAUACUUGGUGUAGUUGGUACUAGUGUUGUACAGUAUGAAAAGCAUUGGGUUAUCGUCGUAUGCGUGAUGGGAUGUGGGAUCAGACGUCGUGCAGGGUCAUUCCAAGUGAUUCUACAGCUUCUUUGGGGACUUGGAAUCACGGAAAAUUUGGAGAAUUCUUCGUUAUCUACUAAGUAGCAACUGAUGCGGCAA